AUUUUAUCCACAAGCCUUCCUCAUUUACAAACAGCGCAACUGGAAGUGGAACUCUCGCUGCAAAUUUGACGAAUUCCUGCAUUUUAGCAAACAAUAGGGAGUUUCCACGUGUUUCUUUCUUUUAAACUUUGAAACUGAUCAGGAAGAUCUCAAAGAACUCUUGCUGAAGCGAGUCAAGACCGUUUUGCGUCCAAAACCAAAGUUGUUGGACAGCGCCUUUAUACCAACGAGUCCAGCUAGGCCCGAUCCUGUAGUGGUAUUCAAUCAAGUAACAAAACGCUAUCAGCAACAUACAUGGUGCUACAAAUAGUUUCACAAGUGGAAUAGAUUUUUCCUUGAUACACUAAGAACAUGCCCUUGUUUGGUUCUUCAAAGAAAAACCCUGCAGAGAUUGCAAAAAAUCUUCGAGAUUCCCUGUUGAUCCUAGAGAAGGAUGAACAAGGAAAAAAGUCUGAAAAGGCUGUUGAAGAGGUUGCCAAGCACCUAAUCUCCAUGAAAAAUAUAUUGUUUGGUGCUGGAGAUCAAGAGCCACAAACAGAGCUUGUGGCACAGUUGUCACAGGAAUUCUACUCACAACAGUUAUUCGCCUCCCUGAUAAGAAAUCUCAGCAAACUAGAUUUUGAGGCAAAGAAAGAUGUUGUACAAAUUUUCAACAACAUAUUGAGAAGACAAAUUGGUACCAGGUCACCAACAGUGGAAUAUAUCCAUAACGAGGAACACAUUUUAUUCUCUCUCUUAAAAGGGUAUGAAAACCCGGAUAUAUCAUUACACUGUGGCAUGAUGCUUAGAGAGUGUCUGCGGCAUGAGCCAUUAGCAAAACUGUUGCUCCAAUCCAAGGAAUUCUAUUCCUUUUUCAAAUACGUGGAAAUGUCAACAUUUGACAUUGCUUCAGAUGCUUUCACAUCUUUCAAGGAUCUUUUAACCAGACACAAAAUUCUAAGUGCUGAGUUUUUGGAUAAAAACUAUGAUCAGGUUUUUACAAAUUAUCGAAAACUGUUAGAUUCAGAAAAUUAUGUAACCAAGCGACAGUCUCUGAAACUCCUUGGAGAGUUAUUGUUAGAUCGGCAUAAUUUCUCAGUGAUGACAAAAUACAUAGGCAAUCCAGACAAUUUGAAGCUUAUGAUGAACUUGUUGAAAGACAAAAGCCGAAACAUACAGUUUGAAGCUUUUCAUGUCUUCAAGGUCUUCGUCGCAAAUCCCAACAAGGCACAGCCAAUACAAGACAUACUCAUAAAAAACAAAGAUCGACUAGUGGAGUUUUUAACCAUGUUUCACACAGAUCGAACAGAGGACGAACAGUUCAAUGAUGAAAAAACUUACCUGAUAAAGCAAAUCAAAGAACUCCAGCCGGCCCAACGAAGCCAAGCUGCGUCGAACUAGCUCGAUAAUUUUGUCCGUUUUGUCGUAAUUUUCAAUUGUUUAUCGUUAUUAAGUUCAAAAUAAUAAAAAGCCUUCAGCCGUUAACUUGUAAAGUUGAGAGUCGUCGAUAAAGUUUCCGAGUGCUUUGUUAACAUCCUGUUAAAAGAAACAAUGAAUGUAGCAAGAAUGUAGGG